CAGAAGCCGAAAGAAGGACCCGAUGCCCCGUCGAAUUGCCUGUCUCUGUUCAGGAAACGGGUUUCCGGUUUGUCGAGGGGACUGCUUCAACCUCUAGACGGUCUUUGGAGUCGCAUCAACUCUCGUCGACAAUCCCAGCAGACAAGAUGGUUCCGUUCGACUCAAAGCAAGCGUACGCUCCUCAGGAGGAUGUCUACUUUGACGAUGGGCGUGAGAUUGAGCUGCUACAUUAUGUAUAUGGUCGACCAGACAUUGGUUCCCUCCGCGGCUCGCCGGGCAAGGUUUUGAGCGCUAUUGAUGAGUUCGCAAGGACGCAGAAGUACCUCAUGAACGUUGGCGAAGCCAAAGGGGCCAUCGUCACGAAAUUGAUAGCAGAGGUUGAGCUAGGAGGGUAUGUUGGCUAUUCUGCAAUACUCUUUGGAGACGCUUUGCAUCGCGCCGGUGGUCAACAAUACAUCUGUCUCGAAAGAAAUCCGGAAUUUGCAGCCGUGGCCAGCAGCUUGAUCGAGCUCGCCGGUCUUCGGAACAUUGUUCAAGUCGUGGUCGGCACUAGCGACCGCUCUCUUCGGCGCCUACAUGCCGAGGGCCGAUUGACAGGAAUUGACAUUCUGUUCCUGGAUCACUACAAGCCCGCUUACACACCUGACCUAAAACUAUGCGAGCAGUUGUCGUUAGUCCGUCCAGGCACAGUGCUUGCGGCCGAUAAUGUCAUCAAGCCAGGAAACCCCCCGUACCUUGCCUACGUGAGGAGUACGGUAGAAGAGAAAAUGCGAGGGGCAAAGGGAACGGAUGAGGUCGAUUCAUUUGAUGACAAGUGUUCCAAGCAAUACGAGGAACGACAGGGAGCCGAACACUUGAACCAUGGCCUGCAGGGUGAUCCAAGUCUGGUCUACCAAAGCGAGCUGAUCAAUAGCUUUGAGCCUACGGGUGUUCCCGACGGGAUAGAGAUUACCAGAUGCAUUGGCAAGAAUUCCUGA